GAGAGGAGAAGAGGCCCAAACGGGACUUGGCUUCCAGGGCUGGGAGAGCUGGGCUCUGCACCGCAGGGCCCUGGGCCGGGGCUCUGAGCGCUCACCUGGUCUGGGAAGGAACCCACCUGGGCUUUGGCGGCCGCGGCCCCGGUGGGUGUCGAGAUGACGGGCCGCGUGUGCCGCAGCUGCGGCGGCACGGACAUCGAGCUAGACCCAGGCCGCGGCGAUGCGGUGUGCACGGGCUGCGGUUCCGUGCUGGAGGACAACAUCAUCGUGUCCGAGGUGCAGUUCGUGGAGAACAGCGGCGGCGGCUCCUCGGCCGUGGGCCAGUUCGUCUCCCUGGACGGUGCAGGCAAAAUUCCAUCAGUAGGAGGAGGCUUCCAUGUGAACCUGGGAAAGGAAUCCAGAGCUCAGACUCUUCAGAAUGGCAAGCGUCAGAUUCAUCACUUGGGAAAUCAGUUACAAUUAAAUCAGCAUUGCCUUGAUACAGCAUUUAACUUCUUCAAGAUGGCAGUGAGCAAGCAUCUUACACGUGGGAGAAAAAUGGCACAUGUCAUUGCUGCAUGUCUUUACUUGGUUUGCCGCACCGAAGGAACACCUCAUAUGUUACUUGAUCUCAGUGACCUUCUACAGGUGAAUGUUUAUGUGCUGGGGAAAACAUUUCUUCUUUUGGCCAGAGAACUCUGCAUCAAUGCUCCAGCAAUAGAUCCGUGUCUGUACAUUCCUCGCUUUGCGCAUAUGCUGGAGUUUGGAGAAAAGAACCAUGAGGUAUCCAUGACAGCCCUGAGACUACUUCAGAGAAUGAAGAGAGACUGGAUGCACACAGGGCGCCGACCCUCAGGCCUCUGUGGAGCAGCACUUCUAGUUGCAGCAAGAAUGCAUGAUUUCCGACGAACUGUUAAAGAGGUUAUCCGAGUGGUUAAAGUUUGUGAAUCUACAUUAAGGAAGAGGCUUACAGAAUUUGAGGAUACACCUACCAGUCAGCUGACCAUAGAUGAAUUUAUGAAGAUUGAUUUGGAAGGCGAAUGUGACCCACCUUCUUUCACAGCUGGGCAAAGAAAGUUGAAAAUAAAACAGCUGGAACAGGCCUUAUCAAAAGAACUUGAGGAUGUGGAAGGUGAAAUAUCAAGCUACCAGGAUGAGAUAGAGAUUGAAUUAGAAAAUAGUAGACCGAAGGUGAAAGGAGCACUUGCACAUUUCACUAAAGAUGAUUCCAUGGAUGAUAAUACUUCUAGCAUAUUUGGAGAAGAUGAGGCAGAAGAUGAAGAACUAGAAGCAGCUGCAAAUCAUUUAAAUAAAGACUUUUAUAAAGAACUUCUUGAUAGAAACAGAUUGAGCAGUGAUGAUGAUCUAAGUUGUGGAAAUGGAACCAUAGACCCAGUUAAGCCACCAGCUUUAGAAACUUUACUUGGUCCUCUGCCUACGGCAGCCAGUUUGGGAAUCACCGAAUCCAUCAGAGAAUGCAUUUCACCAGAGAGCCGGGAGCCCAAUGAAAAUUCAGGAGAUGGUGAAUUAGAUCUUAAUGGAAUUGAUGACAGUGAAAUCGAUAGGUAUAUUCUCAAUGAAAACGAAGCACAAAUCAAAGCUGAAUUGUGGAUGAAAGAACAUGCUGACUACGUAAAAGAACAAAAGGAAAAAGAAGCAAGGAUAGCAAAAGAGAAGGAACUUGGCAUUUAUAAGGAACACAAGCCAAAGAAGUCUUCCAAAAAACGGGAGCCAAUUCAGGCCAGCACUGCAGGAGAAGCCAUUGAAAAGAUGUUGGAACAAAAGAAAAUCUCAAGUAAAAUUAAUUACAAUGUACUAAGGGACUUGAACAGCAAAGGAAGUAUGACCCCAAAGAGGGAGAAUGAGCAACCUAAUGAUAGCAGCAGCACCAAGAAGUUGGCACGUAGAAAAUGUCCUGCAAGUAGGACUCUAGCAGAUCCUCUGAGCAGCAGCAUGGGAAAAAGAUUGAGACCAUUAGUUUCUACACAACCAGCUAAAAAGACUCCAACAAGAGAGGUAUCACUUCUCAAUUCACAGACACAGGCUACAGACCUUGUAACUCCAAAUAUUGUUGUUGAAAGCGGGCCAGUAUUAUAUAAUCAUGAAGAUGAUGUUGAAGAAGAAGAGAUAGAAGAAGAGGAGGAUCAUUGCAUGAGUGCCCUUCAAUUAAUGGGAGGAAAUGAUUAUGGCUUGGAUGAUGAUGAUGGCUACUAGACGUAAGCUUCUGAAGGACUUGUAACCACAUCUCAAUACUGGACAUAUCUUCUGAUCAUGCAAAUGGUGAAAGGAGUUUCUGGAUUAGCCCAUGUUCAUGAACAGUCUAGACUUUUUGAAAGAUAAUUUUAGUUGCAUUUUGUGUUUAAUCAGUUUAUAUUGACCCAUCAUUCAGAGAAAAAGUUUGGGCUUUGUCAUACUUUAAUUUUUGGAUCAUGUUUUGAGAAAUGUAAGGAAUAUUUCUACUCAGCAAGCAAAGACAGUCUGCGUCUGUGUGGGGUAGUAGCAUCGGUCUUGCCUUCUUCCUGGCUCCACUUUUGGUAGCCCAGGUGCUGUUGCUGCCACUGUCAAAUCCACAAAAAGAGAUUAUACCCAGAGUGUCUGAAAUGUAAAAUAUUUAUCUAGAUGUUUGGACUUAACAAGAAUACAAUCUCUUGUAGGUGAAAAUAAAGCUAUAUACAUCAACAUUCCUCUUUAUCCAAAUAGAAAAUUCACUCAGAGAAGCAGUGACUCCCAGAAAGCAAAGGAAGCUUCUUUAGUGGGGACAUUCCUAACAUAGGAUCAUGGGAUUUAGA